AUGGAUCGGGUCCUGCUGCAUCCUGCACCGAUGGCAGUUUCGACAGUACCCAGGGCCACGUUAGCCACGUCAGCAUCUGGGCUUAGACUGCAAAGCUGCUGUCGUGGUCUUGGGCUUCCCUUACGACAAUUACGCCCGUUACAGUCACAGAAGCACGCGAAGCGAUCCAGAAGCAUUGUCACUAGAGCGGUCCUGGACCCGUCCGGUCUUGAUGCCGUGAUUUCCGCCGGAUCGAUCGCCGCACACAAUCUGCUAUUCGCGGUUGCGGACGCUGCUGCUGACGUGGCACCAGCUGCUGCUGAGGUGGUGCAGGAUCGCGGCUGGUUUUCAGGCCUUGCUGAUCUUCUGGAAGCAUUUCUCAAGGUCUUAGAGGAGGGCCUAGUGGCUCUCAAGAUGCCCUACGCGUACGGCUUCUCUAUCAUCCUGCUCACGAUCAUCGUCAAGGUGGUAACAUUCCCGCUGACGAAGAAGCAGGUGGAGUCGACGCUCGCCAUGCAGAGCCUGGCGCCGCAGCUGAAGGCCAUCCAAGCGCAGUACGCGGGCGACCAGGAGCGCAUUCAGAUGGAGACGGCCAAGGUGUACCAACGCGCGGGCGUCAACCCCCUCGCAGGCUGCCUCCCUACGCUUGCCACUCUUCCUAUCUUCAUCGGCCUCUACCAGGCUCUCAGUAACGUCGCUAAAGAGGGCGUGCUGACGGAGGGAUUCUUCUGGAUCCCAUCUCUCGCCGGCCCCACUUCUAUCGAUCCCACUGUCGAAGGCUCUGGCAUCUCCUGGCUCUUCCCCUUCGUUGACGGCGCCCCUCCGCUGGGUUGGGAGGCCACAGCAGCGUACCUCGUGCUGCCAGUGCUGCUGGUGGCGUCACAGGCUCUCUCCAUGCAGAUUAUGCAGCCUCCGCAGACAGAUGACCCGGCAACGCAGCAGAGCCAGGCGAUUCUCAAGUUCCUGCCGCUCAUGAUCGGCUGGUUCUCGCUCACUGUGCCCUCUGGCCUCUCCCUCUACUGGUUUGUGAACAACGUGCUGAGCACAGCACAGACGGUCUACCUGCGCAAGAUGGGAGGAGCCACGAAUCCAGUAGCAGCAGGGGCGAUGGGGGCGGAUGGGGUCAUCGAUGUGGGGCUCGUGGAACCCUCUGCACCGCUCAGCACCGCUGCGUCUGCUGCACCUGCUGUGGCGGCACCAGCAGUGGCGUCGCCGCCUGCUGGGACUGCUUUCAAGGGGUUCAGUAGGGAGGAGGAGGAGAAAGAGAGGGCCCGGGCUGAAAGGUUCCGGAAACGCAAGGAGGCAGAGGCGGCAAAGCGGGCGGGGAAGGCGGUGGGGGAUGAUGGGGGAGCGGGUGCCGCAGUCAAUGUGGAUGACAAGGAGAGGGAACGGGCGGAGAGGUUCCGGAAGCGGAAGGAGGAGGAGAAGGCAAGGCGUGCAGCCAAAGCCGCUGCUGAGCAAGGGGUGAAACCAGCUGCACCUGCGGCGCAAGUACCAGUUGUGGAGGCUGUUGUCUUGCCGCCAGAUGAAAAGAGGGAAGAAGCGGGAGCACGCAAAGAAGAGGUAGUCAUUGUUGAAGUCGUGGAGAAACCUUCAGUUAAUCCCACGGCUGAGGAAUACAGCUCGUCGCAGACGGAUUGUCGCAGGCGGAUUUGUCGCAGACGAAUUGUCGCAGACCCCGUUCGAAUCGCGUUUUACUCGUCGCCAUGGGACCGGUCCUCCUCCCCUUCAGUCGUCGACGAGUUUAUCCAGCUCCUCUUCGCGGCUCUCCUCCUCGCUCGCGCUGCUUGCGGCACCGUUGCGAUCUGGCUGUUACACGUGGCAAGGCUGUCAUUCCGCCACGUGUCAUUUGACCGCAAACUUUCCGAUCCUCGCGCGAGUGACAGACAAGGGGAGCACAUGAGAGCAGAAAAUUCCGCGAAGGUGUCUUCUUUGCCCGCUGAACCGCCUCAAGAUAAGCCCGUGGACGCGAUAAGAACAACUACCGCUGAUGACGUCACCGUGAUCGCUAAAAACGGUGAUGACGUCACAUUCAGUCUGGAAAUCCCAAUCAACAACACGGCAGGUGACGUCAGGCCGUGCUGCAGCAGCGAACAUGGGAAGGCCUCUGACGGGCGGGAGUUUCUCCAGGUGCUUUCAGCGGAGGUGCUUCAGGUGGUUUCAGCAGAAGUGGUAAAGAUGCGGGAGGAACUGGUGGAGGUCGUAUCCGGCGUGGUUGAAGGGAGGAAUGAGAAUGGGGAGAUGAGGGGGAGAAGCGAGAGUACGGAGAAUAAGACGAUGGUAGAAGGAGACAGCAAACAGGAGGAGGCGAGUGGAAAGGGAGAGGAGGACGAGGGUGGAAGAGGUGACGGAUGGGAGGAGAGUAAUAGUAGAGCGGAAUUGGCAAGGGAGAAGGAGGAAGCGGAGCGAAGAAUGGAGGAAGAGAGGAUGAAACAAGAGAGGAAGCAAGAGAGGGCGGAAGAGAGGGCAGCGUUGGUGGGUGAACUUGUUGAGAGACUAUCGGCGUUGCUGACGCAGAGCAAGCAGGAAGAGCUAACGCUGCAGCAGCGGGAGCAUCAGAAGCAGCCGGAGCAUGAGCAGGAGCAGGAGCAGCAGGAAACACAAGAGGAGGGGGGGAAGGAGCAGGAAGAGGAACAGGAGCAGCAGCAGAAGGAAGAGGAGGCGAAGGAGGAGCAGCAGCAUCAACAGGAGCAACAGCAGGAAGAGGAGGUAAAGGAGGAGAAGCAGAGGCAGGAGCAAGAGGAUUUGGUGCAACGGGUAAUGCAGGAGUGGGGGAGGGAGAGAGAGGCGUGGCUCCAACGAGUGGAGCAGGUGGUGACUGUAACGAAGGUGAAUGAACUGAGAGAACUCGGGCGGGAGUUGGCGCAGCAGGUGUUGGAGGAGAGAGAGCAGGCGAAGGAGAGAGAGCAGGCGAAGGAGAGAGAAGGGGAGAGGGAGAGGGAGAAGGAGCGGGAGAGGGGGAGCGAGAGGGAGAGGGAGAGGGAGAGAGAGGAGGAGAGGGAGGAGAGGGAGGAGAGGGAGGAGAGGGAGGAGAGGGAGGAGAGGGAGGAGAGGGAGGAGAGGGAGGAGAGGGAGGAGAGGGAGGAGAGGGAGCAGGAGUAUGAGGGGUUGGCAAAGACAGUGGUGGAGCAUUUGAGGAGAGACGAGGAGGAGAGGAGGGCAGCGAGGAGAGGGGAUUUGGCUUUUGAGUCGACUCAAGAGGAGGGAUAUGAGGGCAGUGACCAGGCAGAUGCGGACAAAGAAGCCCAGUGGGCUCAACAGCAGACCGCCUCUGACGGUGCUGAGGCGGAUGUGAUUGUAGCGAAAGGAACUAAUGGAAGUGUGAUUAGAAUGGGGGGAGGUGUGCCAGGGGAAGGCACAACUGCCGAAGGGGACGGAGCUGGUACACAGGAGAGCGUGAUUAUAGAGGAAGGAGAUGAAUCAGGAAAGCUGGGUGACACUGCAGAAAGUGGAGAGCGGGUGGAGGGGGAGGAAGAGGAGGAGGAGAAGGAGGCGGAGGAGGUGGGUGAACAGGAAAAUGGAGAGGAGGAGAGGAGGAGAAUGGUGAGACAGAUGAGUUCAGUAAAGGAGGAAGGGGAGGAGGAGAAGGGGGAGCAGAGGGGAGCCAGGUCGAGUGUGGAAAGGGAAACGGCCUCUGGGAGCAGGGAGGGCGAAGGUGAGACGUCGUGCGUUGGUUCUCCUGAGAAUACUAAGGGGCGAGAGGGAGAAGUUGGGGAGGCAGAAAGCGGACGCGACAAGGCAGAAGUUACAGCCCAGUCGACUUUGGAGGCAGCAACAGCAGGUGGUGGUGGUGGUGGUGGUGGUGGUGGUGGUGGUGGUGGUAUUGCUGAGAGUGUGGCAGGUGAUGGGGACGGGGGCGUGGAGAGGAGAGGUAGCAAGGCGGAGGAGGAACAGGAGGACGGGGAAGAGGACGAGGGGGGUCAUAGGCGGGAACUGCAGUUUCUGGCAUCGACUGAAGAUGAGAUGCCAGAGCCGCAGCAAGAGCAGGAGGAGGAGGAGAAGAUGGGGGAGGAGGGGCAGGAGGGGCAGGAGGGGCAGGCGGGGCAAGUGGGGCAGGCGGAGCAGGGGUUGCGUCAUGAGGCAAAGGAUGAGAGGGAGAAGGGCAAGGGCGGCGAGGGGGAGGAGAAGGAAGAGGAGGUGAUUGAUCGGGCAAAGUUUCUCAAGAUUCUCAAGCAGCAUCAGCGGCAGCUGAGGCGGCAGCUGCAGCAGCAGGCCGCGGAGAAUCGCAGAGGCCACAGGGGGAGAAGGAGCAACGGGGAUAUGGAAGGGGAGGGAGAGGAGGGAGGAGAGAGGGAAGCGGAGGACGAGGAGGAGGAGGAGGAGGAGGAGGAGGAAAGGGAUGAGUUUGAGGAUGAGGAUGAUUUGGCUGUGCUGCGCCGGGCGUUGGAGCAUGAAAUGGAGCUAGUAGAUUCGCUUAGAAGGGAGUUAGACCAGGAGCGGGCAGCGGCUGACAGUGCUGCCCAGGCUAGCAUGGAGCUGAUUCGCCGGCUGCAAGAAGACAAAGCUGCCGCCCAUCUGGCCGCCCGGCAGAGAGAGAGGAUUUUAGAAGAGAAGGCGGUUUAUGAUGAGGAGAGGGUGGAGGUGCUGAGGCAGAUCAUGCAGCGGCAGCAGGAGGAGGUGGAGUGGUUGGAAGGGGAGUUAGAGCGGUGCAGAAGGCAGUUGGGGGUGUUGUGGGAGGCUGGCAUGGCUGUGAUGGGUGGGGAGGAGGAAGGGGGUGAGGGAGUGGGGGUGGGAUGGGUAGAGGGUGGAGAAAUGGGAGGGGUUGAGGGGAUAGGAGUGGGGGGAGGAGUGGGUGGGGUUGAUGUGGACUGGGCGCAGUUGCUGGGGGAAGAGGGAAUGGCGGAUUAUAUAUUGGGGGGAGGGGAGAUAGGACAAGGGGAGGUGGUUGGAGGGAGGAUGGAUGGGGGAGAUAUGGGAGGAGAGGUGAUGGGGGAAAGGGAGAUGGGGGGAGGAGAGAUGGGAGGGGGACGGACGGGAGUAGGGAGUGGGGAGGGUGACAGAGAGGGGCUGGGAGACGGAGGGGGGGGCGGAGAUUUGGGGACAGGGGAGGGAGGGAAGGGGGAGGAGGGAGGGGGCGACGAGGAGGGAGGAGGAGGGGGUGAGAAGGUGGAAUGUGGUGGGCAGGACGAGAGGCUUGAAGAGGCCAACAGGGAGUAUGGCUUUUCGCAGGUUGAAAGGGUGGGCGAUGGUGAACAGGACAAACAAUCUUGUACUUUAUCAGAUAAGGAGGACGUGAGUGGUACGGACGUGGGGGUUGCAGGUAGUACUGAAGGGAAUGAGAAUUUAAAGGAGGAGAGUGACAGACGUGAGCUGGUGGAAGAAGAGGCGUUGGGGUAUCAAGAGGAUGGGCCAGCUUGUGCUGAGAACGGGGAUAAGGCGUGCAGUGAGGAUGGGGGAGAGGCAUGCAUUGCUGCAGAGGUUGAGAAUGGAGGUCCGAAGGAGGAAGGAGAGGAAGAGGAGAAGGGACGGGAGGAGGAAGAGAGGGUGGUUAAGUCAGAAGAGGAGGAGAGGGGGGCGGAUGAGGAAGGUGAGGGGAGUAAGGAGAGGAGGGAUGAUGUGGCAGGCGAGAGAGAGGAGGGGCGCAUGGUUGUGAAUGGAGGGGAGAUGGAGGAGGGGGGGAUGGGGGAGGGCGAAAAGGAGGAGCGGGAGGGGAGGAUGGAGGGGCAGAGAAGGGUAGAGGAGGAAUCCGUGGACGAGUGUGACGAUGAGGAGAAGAAAGGGGAUGAUGGAGAGGCUCAGGUGGAAGGGGAGAAAAACAAGGAAGGUGGGGAGACGGGAGAGAGGGAGGGGGAGGAGAAAGGUGAGGAGAAGGGAGAGGAGAAAGGAGAGGAGAAGAGGGAAGAGGAGGGUGAGGAAGAGAAGGAGGAGAGUGGGGUGGAUGCAGGGCUUCUGGAUGCGAAGGUGAAUGGGGAUGCGGGUGGGGAUGCAGGAGCGGGAGGGUUGCAUGAGAAUCCAGCCAUGCAUGGGCGUGCGGAAGAGCAGAAGGAGUUGGGGGGGGAAGAGAGGGUGCCAAGGAUGGAGUCGAGCGGAGGUGAAUCGGGAGACCUGGACGAGGUGUGGCGCGAGUUUGAAGCACAGAUAGACCCUCUCGAGGCGCAUGAUGCAGCAGCUGCAUCUGCUGCAGCAGAAGCAGCUGACGGGGAAGCCUCGUUUCUCAGUGUGCCUUCGCCGCUGCCGCCUUUAUCAGUGUUUGUGACGCCAACCAAGGAGCUGCAGCGGGUGAAGAGCUCCUCUAGAGCCAGCUCUGCUAGCGCGGGGGGUUCGCCCUUAGGCUCGCCCCAUGCUGCUGUGGCUGCGAGUGGCAGUGGGAGUGGUGGGAGUGCGUUUCGCUUGCCCAGGCAGCUGACCCCGAAUGACCAGAUGAAGCGCGCACGUCAGGAAGAGACGAGGAAGCUUCUGGACUGCCUGACUGUGCUGGACGUUGAGAGUGAGAUGCGGCUGAGGGAGCUGGAAGGAGGGGUGCUGCCCAAGUGA